UUAAAUCGUAACCAAAUUAAUGAAAUAAUGAGUGAAUUUACAUAUCUAGAGAUCGUAGGAAUCGGUUCAUUAGUUUUUGUUGGAUUAAAAGUAACAAUAAGUGUAUUGAAGGGCUUUUGGACCACUUUUUUGGGCUAUAAAUUGGGUUUUGGUAUUGAAUGGAAAGUCGGGGACAAUGUGUGGGCUGUUGUCACCGGCGCUACCGAUGGGAUUGGUCUGCAAUACGCCAAACAAAUGGCACAAAAGGGCUAUAAUUUAGUGAUUAUCUCAAGAAAUGAAGACAAACUGAUGGCAACGCAAAAGAGUCUAUUGAAUGACUACAAAGACUGCAAACAGGUUAAAAUAAUUGCCGCUGACUUCAGUCGUACCGAUAUUUACGAUAAGAUCGCCAAAGAGUUGAACCAAUUGGAAGUGAUUGACGUAUUGGUGAAUAACGUGGGAAUCGUAUACCAUAUCCCGGAAUAUUUUCUUAAGAUCGGUUCCGCUUUUAAUGAGCAGUAUUUGAAUGUGAACUGUGUUUCUGCUCUGAAAAUGUCUGAAAUAGUUUUGCCCAAAAUGUGUCAAAACCGGAGAGGAAUUAUCAUCAAUAUAUCUUCAGCCAUAGGA